AUACUACUCUAGUAGUAAUAAUUAAAAGCUCUCUCUCUGCUAUCUCUCUCCCACGAUUUCCUUUUUCCGCCGGAAGAAGAAGCCAAAGACGAAAUCGAAUCUCUUCUAAGCAAAGUGUAAAUAUAAUCGAAGCGAGAAAUGGUGGGAUGACGGCGGUGGGAGAUGGCGAGGGGAGGAGGAGAAUGGACCGGAGGGAUCGCCGGAACCGGAGUUCUCUCUUUCAAAAGAAUCACUCUUCUCGUUUGCUUUUUCAACAUUCUCAUUGCUCUCUUUGUUCUUCGCUUUCUCUAUGCUUCUUCUCUCCACAUCUAUUCCAAUAACGAUAACGUUGUUAAGUACACAGCUGAUGAGGUUAGGAAAAUGGAGGAAUCUAUUCGGAUUCGAAGAUCGAAAGAACCUACUCUGCUUGUUCAAUUGGUGAAGAAGCUGAAGCAUGAGGUUGCCACUGCAGAAUCUAAUACUGAACUCUCUCCUAAUGUUAAACACAAACUUGUUGAUGAGAUCCUGCAGCGUCUGAAACGCUUUGACCAGAAAUCUAAUGUUACUCAGCUUAGAGAAGUCGUAGAAACGUGGCGCAGUGAGAAGCUGGAGGAAGCUAAAGAGCUAAUUCAAGGACAAAAUGGGGUAAAUUCCACCCUCAUAGUGGAGGAAGCAGGGAUGCUUGUAAGAGCUUUGGAGUUGGAGUGGGAUGUGCUGUCUGAAGAGAUCGGUUUCUGGUUACCUGCUGAGGUUACCAAUGAAGAACACGAUGAUAAACCUGAAGGAGAGGAAGAGCCUGAGGAGAUAUUAGCAGGCAGACCAGUGCCAGCAGUAUGCAAUGCAGAGCUUCACACAGAUUAUGGUGGUGCUGCAGUGAGAUGGGGACUUACACAUCAUAAAGAGAGUGCAGCUGAUUGUUGCCAGGCUUGCUUAGACCAGGCAAAGCGUGCGAGACCUGGAGAAACAAGAUGCAACAUUUGGGUUUAUUGCCCAUCUGAGUUUGGUUGUUUCUCUCCAGAUAUUUACGAGCAUAAACAUCAGGAAUGUUGGCUAAAAUACGCAGAGAAGCCAAAACAGAAUUUUAAAGACAGAUACUCUGAGACAUACAGAAACAACCACCCAAAAGCGCCUUCUAUCGUUCCAUGGGUUUCAGGUGUUAUAACGGCUUGAGCAAAACCCAUGUAGACAGAUUGAUGGGACAAAUAGGAGAUAGUUUUGGUUUUUUCUCAGUUGUGUUACCAUUUUCAGAGUCUUGAAAAUUGGAGUACCGUACCAAAGAUGCUAACAUCUUUGGGCAAAUGUAUACGAGAGAAUAGAAUGUUUUGUUGUUUUUGUUGAUUGGCUUUAAACACUUGUGGAAGUCGAAUAUGGUUUGAGGAAUCAUGUUUUUGUCCAAGCUUGUUCGAUUC